AUGAACACUGAGUCUCUGUUUCCGUUUUACAUGGCCAGGAGGAGCCCCAGGGUGGGCAUGUUCAACACCACCAUGGGGAAACUGCAGCGACAGCUGCGCCAGGGAGAAUAUGCCAUGUUCAAGUGUGUCCCCAUGUUUGAGAGUGACUUUAUACAGAUCAGUAAACGGGGAACACUGAGCAAUGUGCACAGCUGCACCCAGAUCAUGACCAUGGGCAUCGCAAACACCAACCCCUUCAACCCAAUACCAGACGUCAUGCUGCUGGUGCAAGUGGUCCCUGGUUGCGGAAAGCAUGCAGGUUGUGGCCAGGCCACCAAGGGAAAAGGGGACAAAGCUCCAAAGACCAUGGAGCUCGCCAGGCUCCUCCCCUUGAAGUUGGUGAAAAUCUCCAUUCACAACCGUGACAAACAACAGCUGCACGUGAAGCUUGCUACUGGCCGUUCCUACUACCUGCAGCUGUGUGCCCCUCCGGACAAGCAGGAAGACCUCUUUGCCUAUGGGGAAGAGGUAAUUGACCUCCUGAUGCCAGCAGUGGAAGCUUACAGCAGUACCCAUGCUGUUCCAGCCGGGGACAUGUUCAUGUCAGUGUUUGAGGAAAUGGACAGGAGGAGCCCCAAAGCAGCACAUUUCCCAGGAACGGAAGAUCAGGGAGAGGUCAGCAUUAGGAGCAUCCAUGCCCUGGAGGUGACUGCAGCCCUCUCUGCAGCUUCUGCCAGGGGUGGAGAGCGGUGGGGGGAGAGGACCCAACAGGACUUCCACAAAGGCAUGACAAUCACCAAGUCUGCCUCAGAACAGCUGAACACAGCCCUAGAAGGGGCAGCCACCGAGUGUCCUGGAGGAAGCAAAACCAACACAGCUUUUCCAGUGCUGCAACUGGAGUGUUAG